AUGUCUAUUACAAGAAGAACUGGAGAAAUGAUAAAAGUAUCACACUUUAGACAUUCGAAUAUGGAGUAUGAAUAUAUUUGGCUCAUAAAAGACUUCAUAAAUUGUUACAAUGUUAGUGGGUUUGGACACGCUCACGAAUCACCACCUAUUUUUAUUGGAUUUAAUUAUGAAUAUGAAUGGACUUUGGACAUCUACGUCGCUGGUUACAAUCUUAAAAAUGUGGACUAUAUUGGUAUCGUUUUUUAUCUGUGGAAUAAAGAAAAACACAAAGACAAGAAGUUUACAGUUGAAAUUUCUAUACUCGAUCAAGAUCACGAAAGACAUUUUACAAGAAAAGCUAUAUUGUUUCAUGAAAAUAUAAGUAAAUCUGAUGGAAUAUUCGAAGAUUUUGUGCUGAGAAGUGAUUUAUGGAAUAGACAGGAAUUAUUGUCAAAUAAUGAAUUGAAGAUAGCUUGUAAAAUUUGUAUUGGCGAAGCAAAUACUCGUGAUAAGCUCACAGAGGUACAAUAUGCUCAUAAUUAUUCAGAGGAAAUCUUGAAAAAAUUGUUCGAUAAUAGACAGUUCAGUGAUUUUAAAAUUAUCGUUGAAAAGAGAGAAUUUCGUGUUCAUCGAGCUAUUCUUGCUGCUAUCAGUCCCGUCUUCCAUGCAAUGUUCGAGAGUAAAAUGCGUGAGAGCAAUGAAGGAAGAGUACACAUUGAAGAUGUCGAAGCUGAUGUAAUAGAAAAAACAUUGUAUUUUAUUUAUGUCGGUAAAUUGAACGAUAUCGAAGAUCUCGCCGACAAAGUUCUAGCAGUCGCGGAAAAGUAUCAGUUAGAGUCGCUCAAACAGCGGUGUGAAUAUAUUCUUGUUAAACAACUAAACCUCGACAAUGUUUAUGAUACUCUAUUAUUAGCCGAUAAGAAUAAUGCGAACGAAUUGAAAAAGCAGACGAUCCAGUUUUUUCUCAAGAACGCUGAAAAGCUAUUUACCGAAGAAAUGGACUUUAAAACAUCCGUAGCUAUGCUACCGAUAAACUUGCAGACUGAAAUUAUUUGUACGUUUGUCUCAAAACUUUGA